AUGAAACGUUUCUUCACGAAGAAGAAGAAAAGUGAAGCUGAAGGAUGGAAGACACGAAAGUUGGAGGCAGAGGAAGCCAAGAAGUCGAGCAAGUUCUUCAUGCACAUCUUUGAAAAGCCAGGAAUAAGUAGUUUGACACGUUCCAUGGAAUCACCUGCACCAGCUACAAAUUUGUUAGAAUCCAAAGGUGGAUCAAGUACAAAUGCGUCACCAACUGACGAGAAAGUCAAGUCAUAUAAAUCCGAGUAUAACGAGGUUAAGAGUAAGGCUGUCAAAGAGAGCGUGGACAUGUCAGGAGGGGAAGACGAUGGUGGUGGUGGUGGUGAUAUUGAGUUUAUUGACGAAAUUUUAUUUGACGACAGUGAACCUAGUGAACUGUAUGGUGUCGAAGAACCUCGAACUGUCAUUCCAGAAGUGAUUGAACAGCAUGACAUUGGACUUCUGAAGUUGGACACGAAUGCUGGAAAAGCAAUUCUGCCUGACACGUUGAGAAUAGAAAUAAUAAAGCUGGGUUCAAAGUAUUUCCAGAACAGUGAGGGGCCUUUCUUACCAACAAAUAACCACUCAAUGAACAAAACUUGGUUCAAGAGGAAAUUGGGAAAUGGUCAUGGUGAAGAAGUGACUCACUCAUGGCUGGUCUAUUCCCCUUCUAAAAAGUCUGCAUUUUAUAUCUGUUUUCUUCUCUAUUCCCAGUCAGACCAUCAACCCUCAUUGGAGCAGGAAAGUGGAUUCAACCAGUGGGAAGCACAUGAAAGGAUUAGUGUUCAUGAAAAUGCUAAGAAUCAUUGGGAGUGCUUCACACAGUGGAAAGAAAUGGAACGAAACUUAGCUGUAAACAAAGGAUUGAUUGACGUGGAACUUCAGUCACAGAUUGAGAAGGAAAGCAGAAAUGGCGUGAUGUCUUGA